UACUGCACCAUGAGCACCAAGGUACUUCUCCUGCUGGCUGUGGUGGCUGUGGUGGCUGUGGCUGCCGCAGAUGAACGGCCCUCAUACUAUGGUGACCAUGAAGAUGCAAAGUAUAAGUUCAAGUGGUUAGUGAAGAAUGACUACAAUCAUUACGGCCACGAGGAGAUCCGUGACGGCGACCACACCCAGGGGUCGUACUUCGUCUCUCUUCCCGACACUCGUAAGCAGAUCGUCACUUACUACGUGGACGGUGACUCAGGCUUCGUGGCCGAGGUGAAAUACGAGGGUGAGGCUCAUUACCCUGAAACUUACAUAAAAUACAACGAUUACGAACCACCCAAGUACGACUACAAGCCUUUGUAUGUGUCCGAGUAAAUGGAGGCAGUUAGGAGAGGCUACUAUGUCCAUCAGCCAGGAGGUCAUAUUGUCUACGUCAGCAGCAGCUGUUAUGGCCGAAAUAACUUGAUUUUAUUCUUUAAUGAAUAAUAUUUAUGAAGUACCAAUGACCUUUAGUGAUAAAUAGGACUUCUUCUUUUUCUGCAUGUUUUUCAAACUUUUCACUUGAUUAUUUUUAUGUAAAUAUUAUGUUCGUUAUAUAUAAACUAUG